UCAUCACUCCAGCAUGUUUCUGAUUGGAGGAAUAAGAUUUGUUGCAACUGUCCAGUCUCCCCUACAUUCAAAUGAUAUUUUCCAGAUCAGCUUUCUCAGCAAUACGUAUUUGUUCAUUUUACUUGAGCCAUUUAACCCUGAUAGCAGCCUGAGCCGGGAGGUGGAGUUGGUGUGUGUUGGUGACAGUAGAAGUUGGGAGAAAGUGAAAGCGAAACAGACUUACAUGUCAUGUCAUAAGGAGACAUGAGGCCCCUGCCAGUGCUGUUGUGUCGACUUGUGGAGGGGAUUAUGGCCUCCUUCAACGACAACGGAGGUUAUUCUGUGUUUGAGUGUUUUUUACGCUCUCCUGGUAUCAUCUGGCGCUGUAUGAGAAGACUUUGUAGGAUAAUAGUCAACGCAUUGAUACCGAUAAACUGGCGAUCUAAUUGCGGAAGCCCGUUAGAGCCUGAAACAAACUCCGAAGUCAACUUUCCAGCGAGUAGUUCCCCCAAAGAUGUGGAGCAGUCCCGCGGUAAUGGUCCACCGAAGAGGGCCGCCGACUACAACCGAGAUCUGACCCCCAAGGAGCGGCAGGGGUUUGACCGAAGCGUCCCGGAGUCUGAAGAAGUUGUUGCGCAGUUAACCGAAGAUGAAGAUGAGUCUGAGGAAGAUGGUGGAGAGUUUCGCGUUGAUUCCUCAGAUGAGUUUUACUGUGGCUAUGACUCCACCUGGGAGACAGAGGACCAGGAGCCGAGAUGCAGCGGGACAAGGCGACCUGCAGCCGGGCAUUACAAGUUCAGCAGGUUUGAGAAUGCCGCAAAAGACAUGCAGAACUACAGGCAUGACUACCCUUCUCUGAGCAAGAUGUCACGCUGGAAUGAGUCGGAUGACCAGCCUAAUCUGAAGUUUCACCUCGGGCUGAUGCGUUCUGUACCUGACGAUGCUUUCAUAAAGGAUUUCCACAAUGAAUGGUAUAGAGAUUAUAAUAGACUGGAGAGUGAACACUCCUACAUUCAAUGGUUGUUCCCACUGCAGGAACCAGGGGUGAACUAUCAGGCAAGAACACUGACGAAAGACGAAAUCAAGGACAUUUGUCAAAGCAGCCUGGCAUUGGAGAAUCUGUUGGAGUCCUAUAAGCUCAUGUUGGACUUCUAUGGUAUCGAGUUGCUUAAUGAGCAAACAGGAGAAUUGACGAGAGCGCUGAACUGGAAAGCAAGAUUCAACAACCUUAACAGUCACACUCACAACAACCUGCGCAUCACCCGCAUCCUGAAGUGCCUGGGAACCCUGGGGUACCCUCACUACCAAGCCCCCCUGGUGCACUUCUUCCUGAAGGAGACCCUCGUCAACAGAGAGCUGCCACAAAUCAAGGAUAGUGUUCUCAGCUACUUUGUGUUUGCGGUCCUCGAUAAGAGACAACGUAGGAAUCUCAUCAAGUUCGCCUAUUUGAACUAUGACCGUAAAGACGAGUUUGUGUGGUGCCCAAAGAAAAUUCAAAUGAUGUGGUCACGGGAGUCAGUGUCUCGGCAAAAAACAUACUUAUGAUCUUCACAUCCAUCCCUUGAGUAUGGUGAACGAAUAGGAAACCAAAGAAAAUUAAGCUCUUAAAAGUAUUUUCUGUCAAUGUUCCCCAAAUUCAAUCUACAUACUUAGGUUUACAAUACUCUAUAGUAUGCGACUACAUACUAAUGCGGAGAACUGAAUGUAAUAAACAUAUCAUCACACAUUCAGGAAUGCAUUUAAGGAAAUAUUAAGAAUUAGUAUGCAGUUUGUUUUGAGUAUACUGUAAACACACUGCGUACUAAAAGCAAGCUUAAGAUCAGAAUGUAAAAUAUUUAGCCAUGAUACUAUUACUAUUUUUGUUUCAUUAAAUGUUAUUCUUAUACGGGUUUUUAUAAAGAAAGCCGUUUUAAAACUGGGUGAAACUGUUUAAAUCAGCAAGUGCAAUUGAAUCUUAAGUGCCUAUGAUUCAGAAGUAGUGAAAAUAUUUUGUCACUAAACCUGAAAUGUUUAUCCAACUUAUAACCUGAACUCUAUUGUAAUUUCUAAUACAUUGUAUUCACUUAUUUACCGUAGUUCUUCCUUGCAUUUAUUUCAUAUUAUUAAACUAGCAUUACACACACACGCGUUUAGCUUCACAGAUUAUGGCAAACAAAGUCAAACACUGGUGUUCUUAAAGAAAAGGAUAUAUUACGUUACGUUGGUGAAGUAUAUUAAAGCAUUUAAGGGACCCAAUGGAGUGUUUCUUUCCUUAGUUUUGGUUCAUGUAAAUUACAAAUAAAUGUAUCCUACAGAUAUUCCCA